GGCCCAGCGGAGGCGGAGAGGCGGAGGAGGGGGCGGAGGCGCCCUUCUCCCGGGGGACCCCCGCCGGAGGAGGCUCCUGCUGCUCUUGCUCCCCACGCCCACGCCACCCACGCUCCUGCCGCCGCUGCUCCCCGGGAGAGAAGAUAGAGGAGGAAGAGGAGGAAGGCGGAGGCGCCAUGGCCGGGCAGCGGAGGGCCCCACACGGACCCCCCGGCUCCCCCACGCCGCGGAGGGUCUCCCCAGAGGUGGGCUGACCAUGAAGGAAGAGCCCUUGACCGGCGGGCUGUCGGCCGUGAGGUCCUGGAUGCAGAGCACGGGCAUCUUGGACGCCAACACUGCUGCCCAAAGUGGCAUAGGCCUAGCCCGGGCACACUUUGAGAAGCAGCCGCCCUCCAAUCUCAGGAAGUCCAACUUCUUCCACUUCGUCCUGGCCAUGUACGACCGGCAUGGGCAACCGGUAGAGAUCGAGAGGACGUCCUUCAUUGACUUCGUGGAGAAGGACAGGGAGCAGGAUGGAGAGAAAACCAACAACGGCAUCCACUAUCGGUUACAGCUGCUGUAUAGUAAUGGGCUUCGGACGGAGCAAGACCUUUAUGUCCGGCUGAUUGAUUCCAUGUCCAAGCAGGCCAUCAUCUAUGAAGGGCAAGACAAAAACCCAGAGAUGUGCCGCGUGUUGUUGACACAUGAGAUCAUGUGCAGCCGCUGUUGUGAUAAGAAAAGUUGUGGGAACCGCAACGAAACGCCUUCCGACCCGGUCAUCAUUGACAGAUUUUUCCUCAAGUUCUUCCUCAAAUGUAACCAGAACUGCCUGAAGAAUGCUGGGAAUCCCAGAGACAUGCGCCGGUUCCAGGUUGUGGUGUCAACGACGGUGAAUGUGGACGGCCACGUCCUUGCCGUUUCCGACAAUAUGUUUGUGCAUAACAACUCCAAGCAUGGACGGCGGGCACGGAGGAUGGACCCCUCUGAAGCUGCAACGCCUUGCAUCAAAGCCAUCAGUCCCAGCGAAGGCUGGACCACCGGCGGGGCCACCGUCAUUGUCAUCGGGGACAACUUCUUCGACGGGCUGCAAGUGGUCUUUGGCACCAUGCUGGUCUGGAGCGAGCUCAUCACGCCCCACGCCAUCCGCGUCCAGACUCCUCCGAGGCACAUCCCGGGCGUCGUGGAAGUGACGUUGUCCUACAAAUCCAAGCAAUUCUGCAAAGGAGCCCCAGGACGCUUCGUCUACACCGCCCUGAACGAACCCACCAUUGACUACGGGUUCCAGCGUUUGCAGAAGGUGAUCCCGCGGCACCCCGGAGACCCCGAGCGCUUGCCAAAGGAAGUGCUACUCAAGAGAGCGGCUGAUCUGGUAGAAGCAUUAUAUGGGAUGCCACACAGUAACCAGGACAUAAUCCUGAAGCGGGCAGCAGACAUCGCCGAGGCUUUGUACAGCGUCCCACGCAACUCCAACCAGUUGUCCUCCUUGGCUGGGAACCAUGGCCAUUCGGGGAUGAUGGGCGUCAACUCCUUUGGGAGCCAACUGGCCAUCAACCUCAGCGAAUCUGCUCAGGGUUCAGAGCAAGGAUACACCCGGAACACGAGCAGUGUCUCUCCGCGUGGCUAUGUGCCCAGCUCCACUCCGCAGCAGAGCAGCUACAACAGCAUCACAUCCAGCAUGAACGGAUACGCGGGGGCUGCCAUGACCGGCCUCGGGGUCCCCGGCUCCCCCAGUUUCCUCAACGGCUCCACUGCCAACUCCCCCUACGCCAUCAUGCCUUCCAGCCCUCCCCUGGGGGCUUCCUCCAUGGCCAGCUCCUCUGCCCCGGCGGCCGGCGUCUUCUCCUUCUCCCCGGUCAACAUGAUCUCUGCUGUCAAGCAGAAGAGCGCCUUUGCUCCGGUGGUCCGGCCACAGGCCUCCCCACCCCCCACCUGCACCAGCGCCAAUGGGAACAGCCUCCAGGACCAAACCUUUGAAGAUUCAACAGACAAGUUUCACACUCCGUCUCGGUCGCUUCAAGGCCUGGCUUAUUCCUAACCACACCCUGUCGGGUCUCAUUGUGCCGCCCAUGUGAGCAGGGACCGGGUGAAGAGCCUCCUGGAAGGAUGGACCGAAUGACUGACAGGCGCCCAACACGGACCCUUGGGCUUGGAGGGGCAUGGGCACUGCUUGUGGGGCGACCCGGGACCUUUCCAACCUGGCUGCGCCCGUUCCAAGAGAGCUCCCCUUGUGGCGGGAGGCUGCGGUGCAGCAGGACAAGCAACAAUAACCCGGAGCUGAGAGAGUCCGACCCAGGAACUGGAGGAUGCCUUUCUCAAGAAGGAAAGGGUCCCAUGAGGGAGUGUCUGUGGAGGGGAGGGGGAUUCAGCACUGCCACCUUUCUUCAAGCCACACGCCUCUCCCCAUCCCAUAACCCUGGCCUCCUGCCCCAUUUCUCAUGGCUUUGGUUAAAAGAGUCGCAAGGAAAGGAUUCCCCCCCCCCCCACCGCCCAUCCCAUCAGGCUUCCCGCUCAGGUAGAUUUGCUCCCAACUAAUAAUGGAACAUUCCACUUCAAAUAUAUCUCAUCUUGAUCUCACUAAAGAGAGACAGAGACAUUCCCUUUGGAAACAGCCCUGGACGUUAAACCCCGUGAGCCCGGUCUCUUCUCGGGUCCUUUGCAUUAUUAUUUUAAUUUUUCUAAAAAUAUAAUAAUAUUAUUUUUAUUACUUCCAUAGCCAUAGAAGUUCACGCCGAUAAAUAUGAAUUGGCAGAGAUUUAGAAGUCACUUCUCUUCCAGGAGGUUCUGGUUGACAUUAUGCACACAUUUUAAUGCUCGUCAAAAGUAGAGAUCUCUUUCCAGUGAAAGGAAGAGGGUCCGCUUUCAGCAAUUGGUCCUGGGGGUCUUCUGGUAGGUGUCCAGAUAUAUAUUAUUAUUAUUUUCAUGGCCCUAAAGCUUCAUGAAAGGGAACAUGGAUCUCUAGGAAGGUCGAUGUCUUCUAAUCACCUCUAUUCCUGGAGAUUUCCCCCUUUCUUGCAGACUGUCUUGCAGAUAAACACAAUACCUGGGUUGUUGUAGGUUUUUUUCGGGCUAUAUGGCCAUGUUCUAGAGGCAUUCUCUCCUGACAUUUCGCCU